GUUGCGCCGACCCCGAAUAAAAUAAUUGGGAUAAGGGCAGGGGAAUGAUGACGAGAGUUGAAUUCCCAAACAAUAUACCAAUGCUAAGUUUCGUGAAACAAUAUUUAAAUUUUGAAGAUUGAUAGCUCAUUCAAGGUCCUUGGUAUUUGUAAAACAAAUAAGUUUUUGCGACAAUGGCCUUGGCAGGUACCGAAUACGUAACGUUACAUAAUAAUAUUGUAUCAUUCUCUUAUGUCAGACAGCUUGACUUUAACAUAUUAUUUAUACAGCAGAUGUAGAACUGUUUUGUGCAAACUGAAUUCCUGUAACUCUCCAGAGAUUGGAACAUGGUAGCCGUAAAAUAAGUUAUUUUUGAACGAAACCCAAUUGAAUUCUAUGUUAAUUUAUGGCAUCUUUUAUCUGGUCAUUGGAUGCAUUCAUUUCAAAACGGAUAUAACAAUUUGACAUUUAUUAUAACUUCACAUAAGUCAGAGAGACAAGAGUAAAUUGCAAUCUGCAGAGUUCCAAACUAAACAUUGACCGGAAGUCAGUCUAAAAUACAUAAUUGACAUAAAUAGGUAGUUAUCUCAUUUUGAUUGACGGACCGCAACGACAAAGACGUAAUCAAUACUAGCCAUACCAGGGCACAGUCUGGUCGCAACAUCUGUAUAUUGCUAAUACUCACAUAACAUAUUUAUCACCAGUUUUGAUGAAGUGUACGAGGAUCGUAAAAAUAAAACAUUUAUAAAAGAUUGAAUGGCGUCUGGCAUGAAUGGCGCUAGGUUAUGAUCCGACACGUAGAGUAUAAAUUGGCGUCAUAACGUGAAACCGUCAGAUGCAAUAAACAUAGCAACAAUGAAGAUACAUCACGCACAAAAUCCUCAAGAGGAUAUGCAUUUUCGAAUGCUUUAUACUUGUACUGUAACACAAUUCUCAAAUAAAAGUGCUCAAUCAAAAUCCGAAAAGGUAUUUCAAGAGAUUUUAGAAGAAAAAUGGGAAAUGAAUAUCAAGAAAAUAAUGAAUAAGAAAAAUAACGAGGAGGGCGCAAUUACAGAUGCAGAGCACAUUGAUCAAACAAGUGAAAAUGCUUUAAGUGAAGAGCACAUAGAAAUAGUUGGUGAAGGGCAAAUCGAAAGUGGUAAAGAAGAUAGAUUUAGUUUUGAAGGACUGGCUGUGCAAGGUACGGAAAGUGACGAAGGCAUUGAAGGUAAUAGUAAUCAGGAAAUAAAAAAUAUAUUUGGAGAGCAGUUUCAGUCAGAACUAAACAGCCAGAACGAUAAUAACGAAAUCGUUAGUACAGAAGAAAAUAUCACGAUUACAAAUGAAGCGCACAUACCAAAUUGUGAAGGAGACCUUCAACCAAACAGUGAAUUUUGCAAUGUCCAACAAAAUACUGGAGGAGAUAUGUCUCAAAAUACUGCAGUAUGGGAAAUGGAUAUAAAAAAAACAACGAACAAGAAACUUAUUGACGAAAGUGGUAUUGAACAAACCACUUUUGAUAAUGAUGAUAAAAGUGUAGAAAACAAAGAAAUUGUUAGUGAAGUAUCAAAUGAAUACAAUAACGAAGAUAGAUUUGGUUCUGAUGGACUGACGAUGCCAGAAAUAGAACGUGACGGAGGCGUUGAAGAUAACCUAGAAGUAGAAAAAAUAUCUGAAGUGGGAAGUCAACCAAAUAAGACUGAUGCAACAAUUAAAGAUGUGUCUUUAGAUCUACACACUCAACAAAUAAUUGACGAAAUCGUUAGUAGUGAAGGGGAAAUUGUGUCUGAUAAUGAAGCGCACAAAGAGAACAAGAACUAUGAGAAUUCAGAAGAAAGUACUUAUGACCAAAUCCAACAAAAUGAAGUAUAUACCGCUGAAAACAGUCAGUACGAAAACAAAGAUCAAUUAAACAAUCUAAGAGAUAACGAAGAGUGUCUUGAGUGCGAUGGGAAUAUUAAAGAUUCAUCAGAAGCAAAUCCAAAACGAGGACACAUUGAAUCAAAAUGUGCUUGUACCUGCAAAAACAAAAACAAGAGCAAGAACCAAGAAUUUGUUAUACAAACUACUGAAGAAGAGGAAGAAAUCUGUAGGGAGGAGAUUGAAGUAUCGAACGAAGGGAAUAUAGAAAAGGCUGAUAGCGAGAAUAAUAAAGAUCUCACAGACGGACAAAAAAAACUUGAAACCGACAGUACCGAAAUCAAUGUCAUCAUGAUUCAACAAAAUAGCGAAAAGGGCAACUUACAAAAUAGUUAUCCGAAUAAAGAAGAAAUAAUUGAAGAGUACAGUGAAUUAAACCGGACAGAAAAUAUUCAAGCGGAAAAUACAAACGAACCCGAACAUAACCGUUAUAAAAAUACUCAACAAAAUAAGCAACAAAGAAACGUUAAGAAUUUCAUAAAAUUAAACUGGAUUCAGGAAAUUAAAAACAAAAACGAAAAGAAAAUAAAAGACAGGCAACAACAUAGUAAAGAAGCAAAUAAGAACCAACAACGAAUUGAUGAAGUUAUAAAAACAGAUGAUAUUAACAUAAAUCAAAGCAAGCCGCAACAGAAUUAUGAACUGGAAAAUGUAGACAUGAGUUCACAGAGAGUGGUGAAGAAAGAUGAAAACAAGGACGACUGGAUCAGUCUACAAAAUGAUAUAGUUGUAUCAGAAAUUCAUGAAGAUACUAUUCAACCAGACAAUGAAGGGAGUUUUGUCACAGAAAGUAUUCCGAGACAGGACAAGGAACCUGAAGAAGACCUUGAUUUAUACAAAAAAGAAAGCAAAGAUGACUGGAUCAGUCUACAAAAUGAUAAAGUUGUAUCAGAAACUAAUGAAGAUACUAUUCAACCAAAUAAUGAAGGGAAUUUUGUCACAGAAAGUAUUCCGAGACAGGACAAGGAACCUGAAGAAGACCUUGAUUUAUACAAAAAAGAAAGCAAAGAUGACUGGAUCAGUCUACAAAAUGAUAAAGUUGUAUCAGAAACUAAUGAAGAUACUAUUCAACCAAAUAAUGAAGGGAAUUUUGUCACAGAAAGUAUUCCGAGACAGGACAAGGAACCUGAAGAAGACCUUGAUUUAUACAAUAAGGAAAGCAAAGAUGACUGGAUCAGUCUACAAAAUGAUAUAGUUGUAUCAGAAACUAAUGAAGAUAUUAUUCAAGUGAACAACGAUGGGAAUUUUGUCACAGAAAAUAUUCAGAGACAGGAUGAGGAACCGGAAGAAGACACUGAUUUAUAUAAUAAAGAAAGCAAGGAGGACUGGAUCAAUCUACAAAAGGAUGUGGUUGUAUCAGAAAUUCAAGAAGAUAUUAUUCAAGUGAACAACGGAGGGAACUUUGUCACAGAAAGUAUAAAGAGGCAAGAAGAGAAACCUGAGGAAGACAUUGAUUUACAUAAUAAAGAAAGCAAGGAGGACUGGAUCAGUCUACAAAAGGAUGUGGUUAUUUCAGGAAUUGAUGCAAGUACAAGUACACAAAGACAAAAUGAGAAAGAUAAAGAGGAUAUAAAUAACCAAGUGAGUAAAGAAAGCAAGGACAGUUGGAUCAAGUUACAAAUGGAUGUCGUUGUUAAUGAAAUUCAAGACGGUGAUAUUCAAUUAAACGUUGAAGAAAACACUAAAGAUAAUCCUGACAACAGUAUUAGAAAACAUAUAAAAUUAAAUAGUGCGAAGAAAGUGAAAAACAAAGACGAUGACGAUAUGGACCGAAGUAAUGAAGGGUAUUUCGAAUAUCCAAAUGACGAUGAAAUGCAAAUUCUCCAAGAUCAAAUUAUUAGCAGUGAUAACAUUGAGAAAUAUAGUAAAGAAAAGAAAGAAAACAACGGAGCAAAUAUAUAUGAAAAAGGUGAUUGAAGAAAAUAGCGUCAAUCAGAUCCCAA